UCUCUCUCAAAAGAUGGUUCUAGUACUCUCGGUUGGGAGCGCAGGAGCAGUUUUCUAUGUAAAUGAGGUGGGCGGGGGAGCCACAGCAGGGUACGAAGGCCGCUCUCUAUGCAGAUGAGGUGGGUGUGGCUAAAGUGCAGGGACCUGGAGCCCCGGAAGCGCGGAGAAAUCCCAUAUAAAAAAAGUACAGAAGACAUUUCCCAAGCAGAACUGCUAAAGCUCUAGAGACAGAAGCUUAGGUAAAGGCGGUGGUGGCGGGACGGCAGCUGCGGCGGCAGCAGCAGCAGCAGCAGAAGCGCCGGGAGGCAAGUGGCAGCCCAGGAUAGAGUAGCUCCGACGGCCGCUGCCCUAGUCUCCUGGAAGUGAGAGAGAGCAGGGCUUAAGAAGAGGAGGUGAGGAAAAAGAGUAAAGAUCUAGCGCACAGAGAGACCUGCACUUUCUGCCAUCCAGCCAGGGAGCGAGGAGAGCCACAGAAAGAAAGUACGAAAGAGGUUAAAUUGGUCGGGGUUCAGGAAAAGAAGCCCCUUUACUCGACUCUGCACUUUCAACUACCAACGGCUCCUCUGCACUUUGUUCCAAGGUUUCUCUCCUUCGCUGUUGUGUUCACACACUCAUAACUCUUCGGACCAGGAGGCUGCGACCGAGUCCAGGGCAAAACCUGGCGUUCACUGGGCAUUUCGCAACGGAGGGAAAACGGCUCUUUACCAUGGCUGAUGACGAAAGUGUCAAAAGCACCCGCAUCUGUACUGGUAGCAGCAGCGAAUGGUGCGGUUGCAGCUGCAGCAACAGCAGCUUCGGUGGGAAUAACUGCUGUGUUAGCUGCUGUGAGAACCCCACCAUGCAUUGCAACGUCCUGAACUGGGAGCAAGUGCAGCGACUAGACGACAUCUUGAGCGAGACGAUCCCCAUCCACGGCCGGGGCAACUUUCCCACCCUAGAGAUGCAGCCGCGUCAGAUCGUGAAGGUGGUGAGAAGCCGCCUGGAGGAGAAGCGCAUCGGGGUCCGUGACGUGCGGCUCAACGGCUCAGCCGCCAGCCACGUACUGCACCAGGAUAGUGGCCUGGGCUACAAGGACCUGGAUCUCAUCUUCUGCGCGGAUCUCCAGGGGGAAGAGGAGUUUCAGACUGUCAAGGACGUGGUCCUAGACUGCCUUUUGGAUUUCUUGCCCGAAGGAGUGAAUAAGGAGAAGAUCACGCCGCUGACUCUUAAGGAAGCUUAUGUGCAGAAAAUGGUAAAAGUAUGCAAUGACUCAGACCGCUGGAGUCUCAUCUCCCUGUCAAACAACAGUGGCAAAAAUGUGGAACUGAAAUUUGUGGAUUCCCUGCGGCGCCAGUUUGAGUUCAGUGUAGACUCUUUCCAAAUCAAAUUAGACUCUCUCCUCCUUUUUUAUGAAUGCUCAGAGAAUCCAAUGACUGAAACUUUUCACCCCACUAUAAUUGGGGAAAGUGUCUAUGGGGAUUUCCAAGAAGCCUUUGAUCACCUUUGCAACAAGGUCAUUGCUACCAGAAAUCCAGAAGAAAUCAGAGGAGGUGGGCUUCUCAAAUACUGUAACCUUUUGGUUAGGGGCUUUAGGGCUGCUUCUGAAGCUGAAAUUAAGUCCCUCCAGAGGUAUAUGUGUUCCAGAUUUUUCAUCGACUUCUCAGACAUUGGUGAACAGCAAAGAAAGUUGGAAUCCUACUUGCAGAACCACUUUGUGGGUUUGGAAGACCGCAAGUAUGACUAUCUCAUGACCCUUCACGGUGUGGUGAAUGAAAGUACGGUGUGUUUGAUGGGACAUGAGAGAAGACAGACUUUGAAUCUCAUUACCAUGCUGGCUAUCCGUGUGCUGGCUGAGCAAAAUAUUAUCCCCAAUGUGGCAAAUGUCACCUGUUACUACCAGCCAGCCCCAUAUGUAGCAGAUGCCAACUUUAGCAAUUACUAUAUUGCCCAGGUUCAGCCAGUCUUCACAUGCCAGCAGCACACAUACUCUACUUGGUUGCCCUGCAAUUAAGGACCAUUUCUAAAAUGUCCAGUGGAUUUUUUUUUCCUAAGAAGUUAAAAAAAAUAGAGUGACCCUGUCUGUAGAAUGGGGUGUGUUUUGUGCAAUGAUGGUCUGCUCCAGUGUUCAAGCUUGACAAAGCUUAUGGGUCUUUUAAUAGAUAUGGGAGCAUGAUCUAGAAAUGAACCAAAUUAAACAAACAAACAAAACAAAACAAACAAAAAAAAACAAAAAAGAAAAAAAAGAAAAAAAUUGGAUUCUACCCUGGAGCACAAGAGGCCUGUCAUUAAAAGCAACCAGCUUCUCCUGAAAUAAAAAGAGAAGGAGUGCUUGAUGACAAUAUGGGUUUUGCAGUACCUGCUCCCAUAGCUUUGGCAUAGACAAAGUUGGAAAGCUUUUUCUAGCAUGAUAUUUGAAAAUGGGAGAAUGUGAAAAAAAAUUAAUUUUACCCAAUUUACUACUAUAUAUUUUGGAGUUUAAUUUAAAAAAAUGUAGAGGCAUAAUGCAGAGAAAAGCUGAUCUCAAAUAUAUUGGAAUGGCUGUCUCUGGAGCUUGCAAACAGAUGCUGUCUGUGGAAUGAUCCCAUAGAAUGUAUUGCUUGCUUGAAUAGAAUGCUCUAACUGAACAGCUUGCUCCAAAUGAACAGUAGUAGAUUGGUAUAGUGAUCAUGAAAAACAGCAGACCUUACAAUGACAUAUUCCAUUAUUUCCAGCUGAGUGCAUGGUUCACUUUUUUAAAAUGUGAAAAUGCAAACAAAAACAGCUGCAGCAAAGAAAGUAUGCUCAAGGACCAAAGAUUUCACAGAUAAAAUACCCAAGUAGAGAAAGGGUAGUAUAAUAUUUAAAAAAAAAUACUAUAUUUGUAUACACCAAUAUGAAUCAAAGUGCCUGUUGCCUUCAGAAAAUUUGAAGUAAAACAACAACAUAAUUUUGUGGUUUAACCAUGUAUUUUGUUUUAUCAGGGACAGAAGAAAAAAACAUAGCCCAACAUAAGCUUGUGAAUAAAUGGCGGAGGAAAUGCCCUAUUUUUCUUGGCAAAUACUUGUAUAAAGUUAAUAUUAUUGUCAGUGUGAUGUUAUAGUUGCCAUAUGUAUGUGUGUAUAUUAUGUGUGUGUAUAUAUGUGUAUGUGAUAUAUGUAUAUAUACACACAAUACAUUGAAUUUGGUCUAGGAUAAUGUAGCAAUUAGGGAGUGUUUAAAUAAAGUACUGUGUGUGUUUUCCAGUUUCCAGCAGGAUGUCAUGAGACUUGGGCACAUUGCAGUGAUGAAUUUAUAACAUAUCUAAAUUUCUGAAGUAAAUAACCCGUUUGGAAGAAGAAGGUAAACGAUAUGAGAGUAAGAACAGAGAAGACAUGAUUUAGUGAGUUAUCUCUGAGCCAUAGUCUGCCACAAGUACAAGAACAUUUGAUUAAUGGUUCCUCUUAAUGUUGUACACUAUACUGUCAUUUUGACAGUUACCAACCCACAAUUUCUUCUUGACUGCAUAUCUCUGCAAUGUAUAAAUCAGUGAAACGUGGAUCAAAGGUAGACUAUUUAAUAGCUGACUGCUAAAAGGAGAUUGUCUUAGUUGGUGAUUGGAACAUUACUUGUUAAUAGUUAAAUUAAUAUUUUUACAGAAUGCACUCUGCAUUCCAGGACCACUAGAAUUUAGCAAAUGUGAAAUGACCCUUUUAAGAGUGUUGCACAAUGGCUUAAAUUUAUAUAUGAAAUAUAUAGAGAUAUAUAAUAUAAAAUUUAUAAAUUCAUGCAAACAUGAAACAUCUCUAAUCUGGGUGUCACACUGCAUUUAAAUGUUCAGUACUGUACUUUAAAUCACUUUGCAUUAAAACAAUUCACUUUCAUUUCCUCUUUCCCAAGAGACCAAUUAAUUCUACAUUUGUAAAAAGAUCAUGCAUUAUGAUUUCAGCUUAAAUGACACUUCCACCCCUCCUCUUUGAAUUCCGCCAAAUUCCGGUCUCUUCAAUGAAAUAAUUAAAAACGAAAAUGCACAAUAGAUAAAAACUAUUUUUUAAAAAAACAACCAGCAAGGAACAAAGCAAACUCAGACCCUAGAGGAAGACUACUUACUAUGGCAUUUCAUCUUAAGAGCAGCAGUUUUAACAUUAAGAAAAAUUCAAGGGAAUCAAGGAAGAGCCCAUCACCCUGCUGGCAGUGUAUUUUAACGGUUUUGAUUUGCUUUCUUGGAGUUAUUAAGACAUAUAUGACUGAGUACAUCCAUUUUUACUGCCUUCUGUACUCCUUUCUUUGAAGUUGUAACAGGAACCUGGUUUGUUUACUAUAGCGCCUUCCCUGUGAUUUCUGCAGGAACCAUAAAGCUAUUGCACUGCCAUUUACUGUGUUUACUAGGGAUCCUCUUCUUACUUGCCCCCAGCUUGGUUCCCAUCUUGGUUCCCAUCUUCUCCUCCUCACUCUCUCCUUCCCUUUCUGCCCAUGAAAAGUCUUCAAAUUAAAGUGAAGAGGCAAAGUUUGUUUCCCGGGGCCCAUUCUUUCUUCACCUCCUAAUCAAGCCCAAGACCCACUUGUCAGAAAUCUGCUCACAUUAACCGCUGGGAGGAUUUUCUAGGAUAAAAUCCUGGGAAGACAGGGGAAAUAGGAGCAGCUGGUGAUUUGGGACAUCCCUUUGUAGCACAACUAUUUGCAAAUGAGUCAUUCACUAUUUUAAAAGUGUUUGGAGGGGGGCUGUCUGUGUGGCAACCACAAAUAUGCUAUUAAUUUAUGACAUAGUCGAUUUGUCUGGAGGAGCCUGAUCUUACAGUAUAUAUGUAUGUAUGUAUGUAUGUGUGUAUAUAUAUAUAUAUAUAUAUAUAUAUACAUAUAUAUAUAAAUACAUAAAUUUUUUCCCUUUAUUUUCCUUUCACAUUUGUGUCCUUUUCCUGCUUGAUAAAAUGUUGGUUGCAUAGUUUUAAAUGACAGCAUCUUGCCUUCAGGUCCUUUUAAGCUGUGCUUCAGACAACCUUCAGUCUUUGCAUCUUGAAUGAUAUAAUUUAUUUCUAUUAUAUAUAUACUAUAGUCCUCUAUGCAUAUGUAUCUGAACAAAUGGUGGAAUGUACGUAUGUUGUUUUCCCCCCCACCACUUUAUAUAAUCUGCUGAAAUUAUUUUGGAUAUCUGGCUUCAGAAAAAGAACACCCCGUGUGUACCAGGACAUAAUAGAUCAUUAUCAAUCUAGAGCUUCAAGGGGCCUCAGAGACUUAUCUUGUUCAACCCUUUCAGUUUACAGCUGAGGGAAAUGAAGCCCAUCCAACACAGGAUUUGAACCCAGGUUCUGUGACUUCAGAGGCCUCACUUUCUACUGAAUCAGCUGCUGAGUCAUGCUUGUGACUUGCUCUCCUUUACCUCUCUGACUUAGACUGCCGAGGAGAUUUAAUCUACUGGAGGUUCUCCUCAUCUGAUUGGAUAAUCAGGAAGAAAUAAAUUAAUGAAUGAGACCAUUUCCUGUCAAAAGUUUAUCUCAUUGGUAAUAAACCCAGCUGCCUCAAGGAUUUUACACUGAGGAUAUAUAGAUAUUUGUAUAUGGAGAGAGAUUUUUUUUUCUCAUAAAACAGAUUUAGCACGUGAAAGCUUCAGUUAGAUGAACUAUUUUAAUGUUGCCCUUAAAUGCAAUAGUUGAAGAAUGAUGCCAUUUUCAAUUAAGCAUGACACAUUUAGAGAACAGCAUACAAUUUCUACCAGCCCUUUUUGUUAGCUUAUAUUGUUUGUUGCUUUACAAUGCAUCAAAUCCUUUAAAUGCAUAACUUGUAAUGACUAUUGUGGAAUAUUUUGUAAAUGAAAUGUAUUCUGUUGAGAGCUCUCAAGCAGCUCAAAAAUAAGCUUUUUUUUUUGAAGAUGAAGUGUGUGAGAUGAAACCAAAAGGCAAAAAAAAAAGUAUAAUUCCAUAUCCAGCACCUAUUUCAAUAUACUCAUUUGAUAAGGUUUCCUUUGAGUGGAGCCCUUUCAGGGUGAAGGAAGGAAAUCUCUGUAAUGUUUUGCUGUUGUAAUAAUGGCUUGCUAACAAAGUGAACAGGGAAAGUGACAAUUUCAAGACAGUUUGGCUAGGCAGCUGCAGAAUCUUGCAGUAUGGAAGAGAUGGUGCCGAUGGGUUAUUCCUCCAACCCCUACCCUACUAUGGCCUUCUCAGGGCAUCCUGUUGCAGCAAACUGAUCCAUGGAUUGCUCUUGGAAUAUUUUGACAAUAGGCUCUGUCACAGGCAGAAAGAGAGUUGAUGGAAAACAGACUCAAGAACUGACAUGUUUGCAUCAGUACUAGAGGGAACAGAUUGUGAAUUUUGUUUACAGCAUCCAAUAUUUGGAUUUUUUUUUUUGUAAAUAAAAAGAAGUUAUUUUUUUCUAUUGA